AUGAUAGCCGUGGAAGCUGAACAGUCAAUGCCUAAAGAGGUCCCGAAAUCGGAGCCCACGACAUCCCACCAAAGAACGUUAACGAGGUCGAGCGCCGUCAGUCAAAAGUCAGUAGAAAUUAUGGUCCAUCCAGAAGGUUCGAACAACCCUUUACAUAGGUCUAAACUGGCACCAUCGCGGUCUACGUCCGAGACGCAGUCGUCAGGAAAGAAAAUACUGAAUUUAAGAAAAACAAAAAACUCCUCAAUAGAAUCUACAAUGAGUUUGCCAAAUCAGAAAUCUUUAGAGAAGAAGCACGGCAGUCUUCGACAUCAGAAGGCUAUCGGGGCACAUUCCGACGUUACAUUAAGUACGCAACCUUCGAUUACAGACGACAGGAAGGCGUUAAGGGAAGCUUUAUAUCAGGGUAUAUUUCACAGACACCGAAGAACGAUAUUCGCUGUGGGCUCCUUCCUCAGGAUGUUAAGAAGCAAAACUUCAAAUUACGACUCAAUACGCUCCGAUUCCGACGAGAUUUAGCACCAGUGAGACAGCUGUUAAUAUUUUUAUAGUAACAUAUUGGUGCCACGGACUAUUUGUGCUUUGUUUAGUUAUAAAACAAUGAACAUGUUAUUAGAUAGUGUAGCGUAAAUAUUUGUUUCUUUUUGUUUUUGUAUAAAAAUGUUCCUAAUUAGUUGUGAAGGGUUACGGAGGCCCGCUUUUCGACCGUGUCGUAGUAACGUUACCUAUUAUACACAUUAUAGUGUCGAGACAUAGGUACGGGGCGACAGUGAUGUUGUUUCUAAGUGAAUUUACCUAAUUAGUCCGCCCGGGACACUCCUACACUAAUUUGUCACGUAAUGUUUCGGGUUUAUUUCGUGUUAAGCGCUUUCUACGUUUUUACCUUAAUGAAAAUAAAUUUUAUUAGUAUUUUUCCUCUUCAUAAUGAACUGAGAGAGAUUAGAAAUAACUACAUUGUUAUUUACUGUUUAUAUUUUAAUGGAUGUUUUAUAUUUACAUCGGUAUAUUAAAAAUAUUUGAUUACUUAUAAGAUAUUUUUACCUACAGUUGAUUAUAGUUCAUUUAUAUUUUGCUACAUAAUUUAAUUAAUUUAAGUACCUAUAAUAACAAAAAUGAAUUGGACAAUAUUAUUUAUAAAUAUUUUGAACAAUAUGAUUUUAACUACAUACGUAUAUAUUUUAAUUACGUCAAAAACCGAAUCGUUGUUUUAUCAACGACCUAUGCACUUACAUACAUUUCAACAAUUCUCAUACAACUAUUUUACAUACAAUAAUUGUGUUACGUAACAUUUUGUUACCUGUUUAAUAAAAAAUAUUUUUUGAAAUAACAAUGAAUUUACUUAUAAAAUAAACAUGGUGUCAAAAAUACUGAAUUGAGUACUUCAAUCAAAAUUAUAUAAGUGUAAUAAAUAUAAUUUUUCUCAAACAUGCUUGGAAAUGUGAGCAUUAUUUUGACAAUCUUCUUCGAGAUAAAUUAAAAUUGCCGUACUGGCCAGAUAAAUGCGGGCAGCGGCCGGCAAAAGUUGUAUGAAAAUCCAUAUCUGUCGUGUUUUGUGGCCAGAAUAAUUACUAUGUAAACUUAUAUCUGUCCUGUAAUGUAAUUCGAAACACGGCUACCAAGGAGGUAACUAAUAAAAGUUUUUAUUUAAAUUUCGAACUGGCUCGCAAAUAGAAAGCUGUUUAUUGAAAAAAAAAAACAAAGGAAAAUUAUGGCGCGUGAAAAAUUAUUAUUGUUCGUUAUUCGUCAUUGAACUUAAAAAGUAAAAUUGUGUUUUUGAUUUCCGCGCAUUGUUUGAGAAAAGUACCAUACAAGCCUUGGCUACAACUAGGCAUUAAUGGACUCACGUAUGUGUGCCUCGGCUACGCCUCGGCCCACAUUUGCACGUUCGUCCAUCAAUGCCUCGGUUGCUGGCCGCUGCAGUAAUGUUCUAUAAACGUACUAUAUAUCAACGUAUAUAUUUUUUUAUGCAAUCUGGAAUGUCAAACAAGCUAGCAGAUACCUUAUAGAUUAACAGUACGUACGUCAGAGGUAUUACAAUUUAGGUAAUUUUAAAUUUCUACUACAUAGAUAUAAAUACUUCUGUUAUAAAUAUUAUUCAUGAACUUAGAUUAAUUAGAUUGACCAAUAAGACUCAAAAACGGGUCAACUUUUUGUCAUCUAAUCGUCAAAUUAGCUGAUUCGUUUUUUUAUCACUGUUCACUUACGCGUAAAAUGUAUCUUGACAUAUUAUUUAAUAAAGAAAAUAAGUACACACUAAUUAAAAAGAUGCAGAAAUUGUAAAACAAAAUAACUAACGAAGUUAUAAAAGAAUCACUUCUAACUAUUUAUCAUUCAAAAUUGUAUAUUUUUUAUACAACUUAGAAUGGCAAACAAGCUGACGGCCCACCUGAUGGAAAACCGUCGCCUAUAGACAUGAGCAGUGCCAUGGACAUAACAGAGUAUACUGUUUCACCCAUGACACCCCCAUGCGUUGCCCUUCCUGAGGACUCGGGAAAAAAAAUGAAAAAGUUGAGCCGUUUUUCUCGAUGCAUUUAUGUGGACACACUCUAUCUAUAUAAUGUAAGCCCAUGAAUCAUAUUACACUUAUGUUGACGUACAAUAAAAUCCGAAACAAAAAAUAGAAAUAUGACAACAAAUAUAUUACCAUAUCGCGUGACAAGAGCCAAGGACAUCCAUUAGCUACUCCGCUGAUCCUUGAAGCAAUCCAAACAAAUAACUCCUAAAUAUGAUCACAUUUGGAAAAAGUAGUAAUUUUCUAAUACUAAAAGAACGGAAAAAAAAAUCAAAUCGAUUCACGUUAAUUUUGUAUUGUUAUUUCCAUUCGUUUCAUGUUAUUCCGUUAUUACUUUAUACAUAAUUUAUUGUAUUUAUAAUUUUAUCCAAAACUUUCAUCAAAGUAAGAGAAUACGUCAAUAGUAUUGAUAAAUAUUGUAUAUUUUAAAUGUAAUUUUUAAAAGAUUGAAGGUAUCUGUAUUUUUACGGGUGUUAUAUGGUAUCUUUCACCAGAGGGAGACUUUGUACAAAAGUCGAUUGCUUGGGUACCUCAUUCGUGUUUCAACCGUGAAGCAGUUGUGUUUGCAUGGCUAUGUUUCGGUUUGAAGGAUGGGAUAUAGCGUGAAUUUACUGGGUACAGAGGAAUAACAUCUGAGUCCUCAGGAAUAGCAACGCGUGGGGGGUAUCGUCGGCGAAACAGUUUACUCUGUUAUGUGCAUGGUACUGCUCGUGUCUAUAGGCGACGGUUACCACUUUCCAUCAGGUAGGCCGUCAGGUUGUUUGCCAUUCUAAGUUGCAUAAAAAAUAAUCUUUAACAAUUUGACUUCAAAAGGAAAGUUUUCAAUUCGUUUAUACGUUUUUUUUUUAUGUUUGUUACCUCAUAACUUAGUCAGUUAUUAACUGAUUUAGAAAAUUCUUUUUUUAUCUGAAAGGUUAUACUUACAAUUCGAACUCAGAAGUUUUAUCAAAAUCGGUUCAAUAGUUUAAUUAAAUCAAAAUAUCUAGUUUCGUCAUAGUUGAAGUCGAUUUUUUUGUAAUUGGAGUAGCUAGGUUUUUUUUGCAGAAUUAAAUUUUAAAUUAUGAGUUUUUAGGAAUAUGGAAAAUAAAAAUAUUAAAUUUGGGGUGAUGUUUACCAAGGGAGAUUUCUGUAUAAUUUUGAUGAACUUUUUGGUUUCAAAUCUUCAGUAAAUGAUGAUGUCCCCGGAAAGUAUGUUAUACUAUGCUUCCUUCUAUUUUUUUUAUUUAUAGUAUCACCAACAUAAGAUAUAGCGAAACAUGUCAAUACAAUACACCUGUGAAUUAUGGCUUACUGUUCUGACAUUUAGUCACAAUCACAGCAUGGUUUGUGUUUAAAAAACAUUAAAAUAUAUUUUAGUACCAUUGGUUUUUCUGGGGACUAGAAGUUAAAAGGAUAGUUGAAAAGUCUACUAAAGUUGAACGGGUCCCAUUUGCUGAAAAUUACCCUUUAUCUUCCUUUUUUUCCAAUUUGGACUAAAACGGGAGCAAACUUGUAAAUUCGGUGCAGAAUUGAAGAGGCAUAGAUUUCACGCAACACACGUAUAUACACACUCGAUUUGAAUUUCAUUUUAAAUUGAUAAUCUAAAAGUAUUGUAUGUCAGCCCUACACUUUUAUAUGUAGAUAGAUAGAUAGAUACUCUUUAUUGUUUCCUCCAAAAGAUUACAAUAGUAAACUUAUUAUAGAUACAAACAAUUACAAGAAAUAAUCACAGUGAGAAAACAAUGGGCGACCUUAUCACUGAGAGCGAUCUCUUCCAGGCAACCUUUGGAUGGAGAGGAGUAGUUAUAAACAGUUUUAUUUGUAUUUUUUAUAUAUUAACUUCUUUUUGUAUCAAUGUAUUAUUUCAAUGUUGUGCAUAUUUAUAAUUGAUGCAAAUACUAUAUUUAGUUUUUUUAAUGUAUGUUUGUUGACACGCCUAAACAAAUAAAUGAAUAAAUAGAUAAACUCCUUUUUGAAGUCGAUUGAAAAUAUGCAAAAAGGUCCUAAUGACGUCAGUAAAUGCGUCAUUGUUUCUUGCGUUCUGAGACAAAAUAGAUACAAGCUGAUAGUUACUGUAUGUGCGCAGUUAAUAGUAGGUUUAUAGAAAAAAAAAAACUAUUUGCAGUGUUCAUAUUUAAGAUGAUGUUAUUCCAAAGGUUCGGGUUUAUAUCCCCGUCAUAUAAAUACUGCAAACAUAUCAUUUCCUGUAUGUAGUAUCUACGCUCUACACGCAAUAUUAGCCGAGCUAUUUAUUGAAAAAUAUUGGAUGCUUUUUAUACUCUACGCAGCAUGAUUUCGUAUGAUGAUCACAUCGAAGUCAUUUGAACAUAUCUAAAAGUCGUAUUUUGAUUAUUUGAAUUUUAUUUCCGCGCACAACAGUUCGCAUCUUACCAGUGGGAGACUUUGUACAAAAGUCGUUUGCUUUGCCCUCUCUGUCCUAUUCGUGUUUCUACCGUGAAGCAGUUGUGUUUGCAUGGCUGUGUUUCGGUUUGAAGGGUGGGAUAUGGCGUGAAUUUACAGGGUACACAGGAAUAACACCCGAGUCCUCAGGAAUGGCAACGCAUGGGGAGUAUUAUGGGCGAAACAGUAUACUCUGUUAUGUCCACGGUACUGCUCAUGUUUAUAGGCGACGGUUACCACUUUCCAUCAGGUGGGUUGUCAGCUUGUUUGCCGUUCUAAGUUGAAUAACAAAAAUCAUUUGUAACAAGCAUACUCCUUGACAUUUGAUCGAUUUAUAGUUUGACGAAAAUAUCGUGGUAUUAUGUUAUUAAUAGUAUUCGUAAUAAAAUAAGCCACGUAUUUCUUCGAUAUCAAGGUCGGCACUAAAUUACGCUUACGUUAUUUUCAAUGAAUUGUCGAAAUAAUAUAAAUAUGUUUAUACGUAAAUAUAGAGAUUUAUUUUCGACAACGUGUCACCGGAAAUGUCUCCUCGAUUUAGAUCUCUUUGAACUAUUAUUAUUUAUACCUAUAUUAGUUUCUGAGAGAGACGUUGCACUUGUUGAAAUAUACACAUGCAUGUAAUAAAUAUUUGUUAUAUAUAGUUAUUAAACAAUUUAAUUCAAUUUCCAAUUCAGUAAAUUACUUUAUUCAUGAAGAAACAAUGUCACUGUAUCGCGGAAGUAUAGAAAUUAAGAAAAUAUUUUAUAUUAAAAGAAAUCUGAAAGAAAUGUUGGGACUGUAUUUAUAUUACGUACAUUGCGUAUUUUUUUUUUCUAAAUAAAAAAUAUUCCAAAUUGAUUUCGAGUGAUUUUUUAUUGUAAAUAUUGUGAUAAAUAUUAUUUAAUUUUACACUGAAUUGAAGAUAAACAAUGACCAAGUUGAAUGCACGAGAUUUUAUUUUAUCAAAUGAAUAUUUUUUUAAUGCAUAUUUUCAAGAAAUAAUUUGUGUUUCUUGGCUAAAAUUUCAACCACGCGAUUGGCAUAUGGCGUUGGCUGCAUACGAUUGUUUGUGUAUUUAUUUUUAAUUGAAAAUAAAUAUAGCUUCUUUGAGUAAGUAUAUAAUAAUAGUGUAUUUCUAAAAAGGAAUUCCGAUCGAUAAAUUUAUCAAAGUAUAUAUUGUUAAAUACGUUAAAUCAAAAUUUAUUUAAUCUAAAAAAAAUAUAUAUAUACCAUAGUAAAAUAAGAGCAAUAAUAAGGAAAAAAAACAAACAAAAAAAAAAGUAAAUGGAAGAAAACUAGAAUGCAGAUUAAUAAAAAAAGAAUAAAAUUAAAAUCCUUAGCAAUGAUAGUUUGUCUUUGGAAUACUUGUCAGAUUAUAAUGAUAAAAUUUGAUUUCCGCGCGAAAUAAACAUUGCCAGAUUAAUAUUUUUUUUUUUAUAAUAUACUUUUAAUUUUAAAUCAGUGUUCUAAAUAGUCCCAAUAUUACUGUCAGACGGAAAGUGAUGCUUAUAUAAAACGAAUAGAGCUUAUAAAAAGUACGUAGAAAGAGAAUAUCCAUUUAUAUAAUAAGUAUAUUUAUUGGUAGAUUUUUACUUUUUUUUUGCGAUAAUUGUUAGUAUUAUCAAUUUUUUUAUUAUAUAGUACGUAGUGGUUAGCGGCGGAACAAAUGGAUUGUUGAUACACAUUUUUGGAACAUUUUAUGCACAUUUUUAUAUAUUUGUACAUUCAGGACGUUUUGUACGACGUGUUGUUGUGAAAUGUAGAAAUUUAUCGUUAUUACACUUGCAGGAAAAUUGCGUCAAAAUAAAUUUAGCUUAGUUGUCCGCUAUUAUGUCCGCAUGCAAUUGUAUAAUAUGGCUGAAUAGGUUUUUUUCCCAAUAUAUUAUAACUGGCCAAUGUUAUUUCCAUUCCAUUUUUGAAGAUUUUGUCAUCGAAUUUUUCUACCUCUUUUAAAUUGGAUUUUAUACAUUUUAAAUUUUGACGUACAUUUUUAUGCAUGUCAUAAUAUUAUAUAUCGACGGUGCAAUAAUUUAAAUAAUAUAUAAAUAAUAAUUUAUAUCAUUAGCCUUCAUCAUUAUGUCAUUUAGACAUUCAAAUAUGUUUGGUAAAUGAGGACAAGACAAGUGUUCACAAAAACAACUAUUUUCUAUUUGCUAUAAUUUGGUGAUAAGCUAAAGAAUUGAUUUAAUGAAUAUUAAUUAAAUUAUUAAUGAAUUAAUUAAUUAUUCUCAGAUAAAUAAUUAUUACAUGAUUGAAUGAAAUAAUAAAAAUGUUAUUACGUGAUAUAUUAAUUGCAGAGAUAGAAAAAAAUAAAACAACAUACAACGCUCCGAAUUCGUUCUUCUGCUAGUACUGCUUUUUAACUGAAAUUUCAGUGCAGUCUGUGGUAUUAGAAUGGCCCUGGCUUUCCAUACAAAGUAAAAGUUUGCCCACUGACCCGAAUCGUAUUUUUUAUUUAUUCAAUAGAUAGGAGUUCCAACCAGUUAAGGAAAUUUCUGAUAUCCUUUUGAGCGUCAUUAAGUUUACUCUUUUCAAAUACGAUGCUGUAAAUGACACAUCAUUAAAGAUUAAUUUAAAAAUUAAUGUUUCAUUUAAAAUAUUUAUGUUACAAUUUUUAAAAUGACAAAAAAUAUAUAUAUAUAUAUAUAUUAAUAAUGGCAAAUAUUACUUAAAUAAAAAAAUAAUUAAAUUAGCAAUUGGUUAAAAUUAUUUACUCGUUCCAAAAUCCGUGUCGGAUCCAAAGACUCCCAUAAUGCUUGCAGCAUUUCUACGUUAGACCGCCAGAGACAACCUUUGAGCCAGAUAGUAAACGGAACGGCGAUCAUGGCCUCUAUCCAUAAUGCACAGUUUAAAAAAUGAGAAAAAUUAAUAAAUUCCUUAAGUGUUUCUAACUUUGUAAUAUCCCAAAAAUGUUUUUAUUGUUAUUUAGAAGAUUUUUCAUAUAAAAUAUAUUAUGAUUAUGAAAAAAAAAAAAUAUGGAUAUAAAACAUGUUUACUCUGGAAUCACGUCGUUCAUAUCUUAUAAACAGUGCAAAGGGAAUUUAGGUGUUAUAUUUCGUGUUAUAAACUAUACACGGGCUCGUGAUGAGAUCUGGUGAUGGAUGGCUGCUAUAAAUCAACUAACAAAUAUACAUACCGUCGAUAUAUUAUAUGUAAUAAAUAAAAUAAUACAUGAGCUUUGUAAAUUUAUUGAUAUACUAGAUAGCUUUUUUACACUGGCUUAUUAUAAAUAUAGGUUUAUUAAUUUACGCAAUAACUGUUCUAUUGGUAUUGUGUAAACUAUGGCCGUGAAUAUAUAAUAUUGGCAUUAGUGUUGACAUGCUUGUAAUGAAAUGCCAUAUUUUGUGUCACGCGAACUAAUUCAUACACAGGUGGGACGGUUCUUUUAUAAAAAAUGUAGCUUUGUAAUUUUACUUUAUUAAUAAUACACAUUUAAAUUGUAAAAGUGAAUAAAUUAUGACAGAAAUAAUUUCUAUUUUAUUAUUAUUAUUUAUGUCAUUAAAUUAUAGGUUGUUGUCGAUAUCAUUAAACUAUGUAAUCAUAGUAAAUUAACGCAAUGGUUAAUAAUUAUUACGUGCGUCUAGAUGGACAAAAAUAGUCGAAUAUUGUACCUAUUCUUAUGUCAAUAAAUUCUCCACUCACUUAUUAUUACUUGCAACACUAAAAAAUGGCGCGCUGAUUUGUAAAAAGAAUUAUCUAUCAGUUGACAGUUUUUUUUUUUUGAGGCAUUAUUUAAUAUUUUGUUUGGGAAAUUCGACGAUUGAAUGCCCAAUCUAGAUGCAUGUGAUUAAUACUUGCUUAAUGGAAGACACCGAGACCAUUUUAUGUGUAUUAUAUCCAAAAUAAGACUAAUUUUGAUAUAAUAAAUUUGAUAUUAUUUUCUGUAAUUUUUCUAUUAUAACUAAUAUGUCAUUGAAUGCAUCAUUAAAUUGUUAUCUACGUGUAUAGUUAUAAUUUGUUAUAAAGUUUAUAUCAAGAACGAAUGGGACGCUUGGAUUCAUGUUUUGAUGACGGAUUUGCAAUGAUAUUAUUAACCCGAUGCGAGUAGAGUGCUAUCAAGCAACUGUUCAAUAUUUUAUAAGGAUUACUGCGGAUUCUGAAUGUAAUAUGUUUUAUUAUGUUGAUUAUAUAAUUAUUAUUAUAUAAUAGGUCCUAAUAUGCAUGUAAUUUAGCCUUAUUUUUAGAUUAAAAUUGAUCGUUAUUUUUUUUUUUAGUUAAAGUUUACUAGAUUAUUAAUUAUUUUUACGUACAUUCUUUGAGCAAUAAUUUUAAAAUAAUUUAAAUUUCGAAUAUGUAAUUUUCUUGUUAGUUUAUCACCAGAUAAUAUACAUUCCUAAUUGUAUUUUUUUUUUGUAAUUGACAAAUAAAAUGUCCGAUUAUACAGUAAAGAAUAAUAAGACUGCGAAAAUUAUGAAGAAAAUGUAACUGAAAUAAUAAUUUGUCAUUUGUAAAAAUUAUAAUAAAAUUAAUUGCAUAAAUACAGUACUGGCAAUAUUG